AUGAACCCUGGCCCCGGUUGGUUCGGAUCCCGACCAAUCCAGAAAGACCGUUUUUUGCCCAAACCGCCUGACCUUAAAGUGACCCAAGCAAAACUGAUUAGGAGAGCAAUUUCUCCGCUGCCCUGCGGCAGUCCGGGUAUCUGCUUCAUCAAACCCCCUUCUGAACGUCACACAAGGUCGUCUCCUCUUCUGUCCGCCUUCUUAGCCAGCCUGGCUGCCUGUCCACAUGAACAUGGCAACGAGGCAAUUCUCAAACUACCAGAUGCGCACACCUUGUCUGGCCGAUUGCUCCUCUGCUCUACACGCUUGAUUUUCUUCUCUCCAUUACUUCGGCUCUCCCAAAUGCCGAGGGCUGACAACGCAGAAUUGGGCAAUAGGGAAAAAUGCAACCCAUUCGCCUGCCCGGCCCUGUGGCGCCGAGAGCGCGUAAUCAGGGCCCAGGUGGCCAAUCCACCCGUGCAUGGUUCGAAUCCCAUUAGCACUGUAGAUGGGGGACAUGGAAGACCGAAAGAAAACGCAUUGAGAAGUCUCAGACUCUUGACAGGUGAGAAAGAAAGCUAUGCGACUCACCAACGGAUGGAAGAUAGUCAACAGAGCGAAAGUGGCACACACACAGACACACACAAAUCCUAA